AUGGCGGAGGACAGAGAAGUGUUACGAUAUAUUUGGGAUGGUAGACUUCCAGUUUGUUUUAAUCUCAGCUCCGAUGAAGUCGUCCAAGUAGAACAACCAGAUCCUUACUAUGUAAGUAAUGGCUACAGUUAGGUUAAUUCUAUAGUUUUGUUUUGUUAAUAAUAAAUAAAAGGGAAAUUUAGUAAACUAUUCAGCUUAGCUUCUUUAAUAUUCUCAACGUCUUUAUAUUAAUGCAGCACAAAGCAUGUGAAAACAAAAGGAUCAAUUCUUAUUCAGUGUCAUGCAAAUAAUUGACCCGGUAUUAUACAGUUCAGCAUUAUAUCCUGAUUCCCAUACCAAAAUUAAUGUGCGGAAACUACGUGUAAUCCAGUAAUGCCAACCUUUGCAGAUCUGAAGUCUGCGGCGAGUUGCAUAAACUGAUAAAGAUUAAGGCCAGACGUAAUUGCUAACGUGUGGCGUUAAAACAAAGAGUUUGCCUGGGCUGAACAUUAGACAUCAGCUGUUACGACCAAGAAUUUCUCUUCUGUGCAUACCCCUCCCUCCUCCCCAUAAUGCAUGUUCAAGAUUAACAGGCUAAGGGGCGGCCAUUAUUUACAGGUAGCCAUUACUUUACAGAAGUCGUUACUUUGAGCAAUCGUGAACACUAAUGAGACUAACUGCGCACAUGAACAAAGUAGAUUAUAUUAACAAAAGUGAUCACCAAAUGCAAAUUACAGUCGACUCCUGAUAACUCAAACCUUCAAGGGAAAUUGGAAAAAGUUCGAGUUACCGGGAGUUUGAAGCAAAUAACCGGAAGUAAGGAAAUAAGCAAAUGGAUGGGGAGGGAAUGCAAUUAAGCAACAAAAUAUACAGGGAUGGACACUGAAUUUGGAUUGUAGUGACAAAAAAGUAAAGACAAAGAAUUGACUCGGUUGUUUUGAAAUAAAUUCAAUGUUUCGGACUUCAGUACACGUUUUUUUUCCCGACUUGUCAAGUGUUUAUAACGUGGUUCAAGUUAUCGAGGGUAAAAUUGUAUAGAAAUGAUCUGAAGUGAAAAAAAAUCACUUUGAGUUAGCGGGAAGUUUGAGUUAUCGAGGGUUCAAGUUAGCGGGGGUAAAAUUACAGUAAAUGUAAGAAGGAAAUCCAGGCGAAAUCGACUUUGGUUCGAUUUAGCGAGGGUUCAAGUUAUCGAGAGUCAGCUGUAUGUCAGUAUGUUUGAAUUCAAACCCCCUUCCCCUGAAUACAGAUGAGCAAUGCAGCAUACUGGAUAAUUCUAAAUCAUGAGGUUAUAGGCUUAAAGAAUUAUGCAGAUCUUGGAGGGUGUUAUUGGCCUUGGCAAAUAAGUCCCUCUGCAAUCUCCAUAAUUCUUCAUGAAUUUAUCAUACAAAAGUCGAAUCCAAGAAUUGUUUUCUUUUAAUUUCAUUCAAAAUAACUAUUUCAAACUUAAAACAUGCUUACCUUGACAUAUGUAAAGUUCUUCCCUUUUUUAUAACAUUUACUUGUCUCUAGGCAGUUUUAGGAUAUACAUGUAAAGAGGUGUUUAGUCUAGUUUAUAGCAGAAAUAAGCAGUCUUCAAAUAGCAGUUGUCAUCUCUCAAAUGGUAAUGUUGCUUAAUUCAUGCUAUGUUUUCAAACAUUAUAUUUUCAAUCUUUUUACAAAAACUUGUGAAAUCCCCAGCUCUACCAUUUUCUUGCACUCUGCAAAAACAGCUGAGAUGCUAACCCUUUGCUUUUAAUUAUGCAUAAAUCUGACUCAUUUUUCACAAUGUCGGCAAACAUUUUCCAAAUUUGGUAUUCAGUAGCUGGUUAGUAAAUACAAAGAAUUAUCUGGAGGAUUUAAGCCAAUCAGAAGUGCAGAAAUAUUUGUUUUGAAAGAAUGAUAGUUAUUACUAUCUAAUUUAUACAUUAUAUAUAUCUGUAACGACUCAAUGUAUAUUUUGACUAGCUGAUAAGGCCUCAAUUCAAAGACCUUUUUCAACUCACUCUCCUCUGAUGUAACUCUUGAGGGAGGGAUAGCAUACUCUGUCUCAUUACUGUGGUUUAUGAAUUCUUACUAAGUGUGAGAAGGGGGUUGACUGAACCCAAUAUGUAGCAAACCAGCCUCAACAACAGUUAAUUAUUAAUUUUGAACUUUUGUGUUAUAUUUUAGCUUUUGGUGCCUAGAUUGAGCUACUUAACUCUUGUAACUGACAAAGUUCAAAGACAUUUCCAGAGAGCCAUAAGCAGUGAAAGUGUAGAUGAGAUGUGGUUUGAAUAUGAUGGACAGCCACUGAAAUGGUGAGUGACUGUAUAUACUAAUAUAUAGAUUUAGCCAGGGCUAAAAGCGAAGCUCCCAUUAAUAAAUUUAUGAUUUAAAUCAAACAAUAAACUUGUAAUCCACAAAUCAGUUAACUUAAGGGCACAUUUGUGACUUUUUAGGGAAAGCUAAGGCUAAGCGAUUUUAGAGUGAAAAAAAAUCUUUCAUCGAAUUGAUAUCCGGUAUAUAUACACCCAAAAAAUAGCAAUCAUCGUCGAUCACAUUUAAGAGCCAUAAUAGCUCUUGAUCACAGUAGAUUAGGCCUGGAAAACGAAUGCAUGGAAAAAACAAAUCAGGCCGAAUUUUUUGCGUUCGACAAGUCUACUUAAAAAAAUCUUGCCAACAACUCUGGGAGCGUGUAAACAAACAUUUCAUACUUUUUAUGCAUCACAUCUGAGGUGAAACAGUAAUAUGAGGCACUGUUUUUAUCAUACAGACCUCAGACAAAAUGCAGUAUUUCACAAUUUUUUAAGACAAAUUGCACUCAUUCAAUAUUCAGAGCCGUACGAAGCACGCGUGGUCUUUUAGCAAAACUGUUCAAAAAAUUUCCAAAAUCACCUAUACGGCCAGCCGGUUGUCACUUUUGACAAGCGCCAAAUUUUCAGUGAACAUUAAAAGAGUUAUGCUUCAACAUAAUAAAGAAUUUAUUGCUUAUUUUUUUAAUUUAAUGGUUUUAAAACGAUGUGCAAACGCGUGACAUUUUGAGUACUCCUGCAAGCGUUGUCUGUGAACGACUGAAAACAAACAGCAAAGCAAUUGCAAGAGACUACUAACAAUCAAUAAAAGAAAUGUAAUUCGGUGAAACAUUUACAGAGACAACAAUUUUCAUUCACAAAGACAAGUAUAAAGGCGUCUCUAAAAAUCCUGAGUCUUAACGCUUAAGCCUAAAGCUUUUAGCCGGCUUCCUGGUGUUUACUGUUUGCAGAGAUGAACUCGAGGCAAGAAAAUCGCUCAAAGCUUUCUUUCUACAGCCAAAAUUAUAACUAAAUACUCUUCGGAACGUUUUUUCAUUCUAUACGCGGAGAGAAAAUACCGACUAAAGGCUUUUUAAAGCUCUGUAAGCUUAUAUACUGACUAGAUCAGAUCAUUGUCUCAGAUCUUAAUACAAACGUGCAUAAAUUAGCCUCAUAAACUGUGCUCGACUUCAUGAAAUUAGAUAUAAAAAAACAAACAUACACUGUAUACUAUAAUAAUUACUCCGGCUUACCAUUCGAGAUGCAGCUCUUGAAAGCUAUCAAGUAAGGCCAGAAUCGCUUGAGGGACUUUUCAACCCCGCAUCCAGCAAGGUGAAAAAUGAAAACGAUGCAUCCGAAAUCGGAUUUCCAACUUUGACAACCGGCGCAUUUCCCAACCAAAAAUUCAAUAAACAAACCAUGAAUCAAAGAAGACUGUUGAUAGCAGCUGUAUUUCAUUUUAAGCAUCCAGUGGGAAAAGACAGUAAAAAACAUCACAUGUUGACAAACUCUGUCAGCUUCAGCUGUCAAAGUAAACAAGGUUCAAGAUGCUGUAUAAAUUUUCUGCAUGCACUCACCUGUCAAAUUUUGACCAAUCAGAGCAUAAAAAUUGGACGGUCGUAGAGCGUGAUCAACGCGUGACUAUGGUGAGAAAAGUGAAAAGCCUCUGUCUUCCCUGCUUGUAUUUUUAAAUAAUUGGCUGAAUUUUCGCGUCCGAGAUCAGUUUGAAAUCAAAAUGUUAAUAACGCGGGGCCAUAGUGACAUUAACACAACACUUUCUGUCAUCAUGUCAUUAUGUUGCUGCCGUUCUCUUUGCCUUUGUAUUUCUCUUUCGUGUUGCCUUUGUCUGUUCAUUUUAGCUCUGUCUCAUUCUACUUGCCGGCGUUUUUCACUGUAAUUUUCUCUCCUUCUUCUCGCUUUGACUCUUUCUACUUGCCGACUUUCUUCGCUAAAAUGUUGUCUUCUUCUUCUACUUCUAACGCGCUCUCUUUGGCGAUCGUCUUCGCUUGUUCUACGCGUGUUGACUCUUGCUCUCUGCUGUUCACCUUCUCUUUGCUCUCUGCUUUAAACCUGUCAUCUACACGCUAAAAUCUCUCUGCUGUUGUUUGUUGACAUAAUAGCUUUCGUAAGUUGUAAUAAAAAGUUAUAAAGGCUCUGUCGAAAAAUCAUUUUGCUAAGUUGCUUUGAAAAUUUCUUUUUUCAAAACCAGUUGCGCGAUAUAAUUGCGCGACGUUGCACCAUGCGAUUUCCCGCCAAAAAUCUCUACUUUCUCCUACCCCAAGAGUCCAUGCAGACUACUUUCCACUACCCGGAAAGUCCGUGCGGACGGACGUAUGCUGACGUCAUAACCAAAAUUUCGCGGAUGGGUAGUUUUAUCUUAGUUAUGGUGCUCCGCUCGCGCGCGCAAGGAGCUCUGCUAUUAUUGUGACAGCCACCAUCUUACUGACAUUGGCAUCCUCAGACACCCAAGGGCAGAUCAUGGGGGUGAGGAAAAGUCUUAACAGACAAAUUAGUUAAAUUAAUUACCAAAUUUUUCAACCCAUUUUGUGAGAGUAUAACUACCUUUGCCAGCCCAUUAUCUGCCCCUGGGACUCCGAGGAUGUCUCACUAGGAGAGAAGCAAUUACUCUCUUACAGUUUUGUAUUGUUUUCCUCCCAACUAAUAGAGUUGUGGCUCUGUCAGUUUGCACUUCACUGUUAACUCGCAUAUUGUUUUGUCUUUGUUUAUAUUGUUUGUGUCUUGAUUGAAAUCUUUUGUAAAAUAACGCAGUAAUUUAUGUAUAUGGUUAUGGUUCUUUUUUGAUGAAUUGUAUGGAUAGUUCUUUGGUGCACUUCCCUUAUUAUGUGUAACAGUCCUGGGAACAUGCAAUUUAUCAUUUUCGAAGUUACCUCAGAGUAUGUAAAAAAGUAUUGUAGUUUGUUGAUUGUUUGUUAUUCAAUAUGCCAAUUAUUGUUAUUCCACAAUAGGCACUAUCCAAUUGGAGUGCUCUUUGACCUGCAUGGCUCUUCAGCAUCCCUGCCCUGGAACCUCACUGUUCAUUUCCAGGUAGUAAAGUAAAUAUUGUGAAAGGUUUGAACCCAGGAGUCAUUUCAAAAGUAGGUUGAGUUUGAUCAUCUGGGUGAACGUAGUCCUGAACAGGACUGUUGUUGUUGACAGUGACUGACAUUUCGACAACCUGUGCAGUAGUCAUCUUCAGAGUCAAAGUGAGUUGUAUCACGUCAGUUGAUGGUAUUAUACUCUGGUUAUUGAUCUGAUUGGUCAAUUACGUUGCGAUGAGAUCAAGCAAAACUGACUACGUGAGAACGACUGGAGAACUGACAAUUUGACUAACAAUAGACGACUGUUUAACUGCGACAAUAGACGGAUUGAAAUGCACCAAUUACUGAUUACGAGUCUUCAUAGCCAAUAACAUCAUGCCUUAACGGACAGACGACCAAUAACAUCACGACGUAAUUGACCAAUCAGAUCAAUAACCAGAUAGAGAAUACUUCAUUGAAAGUGCUGGCGUACGGUAUUUACGCACGCUGCAAUAAAAGGCAGGAAUUUUGGCACGAAACUCGCACACCUCUGUGGCUUCCAAUUGGAUGUAUCAUUUUUCUCACAUGCGGAAAAACAUCGUUCGUGAUUCUGAUUGGACGUAUCAUUUUUUUCACGUGUGAAAACCAUCGUUCGCCCCUCUGAUUGGCUAGAACUAAUUUGCGUACGAGAAUUUACGACAUAGCUUUUUGGUUAGUAUUUCUCAGUAUGUAUAUAAUAAAGUAUAAUACCAUCAACUGACGUGAUACAACUCACUUUGACUCUGAAGAUGACUAACGCACAGGUUGUCGAAAUGUCAGUCGCUGUCAACAACAACAGUCCUAUUCAGGACUACAUUCACCCGGACGAUCAAACUCAACCUACUUUUGAAAGAAAAUAUUAUUGUGAAGAUUAGUUCCAGUAACAUGUAUGGCUUGCAUCCAACACCCCUACUGGCAAAAGUAAAGGAGGGUCAUGAUCCAGUGACAUCAAGCCAUGAAUUUAAACUAAAUAUAAGCUUGAGGAAACAGCCGACAUUUUGCAAUGCCACCACAGUCUACUUCUCCUGCAAAAUGAUGUCUGAGGAAUGAGAGCAGAAAUUCGAUACUAAUGAUGCAUCAGUACCCAGAUUUGGGUAGUGCUUCUAAUUGGAUGAAGUGAAUUUUUUGCCAAUCAGUGUGUAAAAAAUUUUCUUUACCCAUUCCUCAGACAUUGAUCAAUUCGCAGGGAAACCAGUGGUAGCAUUGCUGUUUUCUCUUGCUUUCUUGAUGUGUUUUUUUUCACAAUGGGCAUUUAUAGCAGUUGCUCAAUUUUAUUAGUGUGCAAUGCAGUUUUUUGAGAAUUGAGAGACUGAAACAAUAAUUAGUCAAUUAAUUCUCGAAGUAAUCAGCCUUCAGGUGGCAAAAUGUAGCAUGUAUAUGAUAAUUAUUGUUAACCCUUAAAGUCGCAAAAUAGUGACCAACAUCAAUUUUCUCCUAACAAAAUCCAUACACUGUCAAGAGAUAAAGUUAUGAGAAUUAAUAAAAUGAUCACCCAACUGGCAAGAGAAAGUUCCUCUUAUUAUCAAAUUCUCCCAACUAAUUCUUUAAGGAAAUGUAUGGAGAUCAGUUUGGAGAAUUUGUAUGUGGAUACUUGGGCUUUAAGGGCUGAAGGCAAUUGAUGAUAUAGCUGCAUUAUUGGUGGUUUUGUUAGUUUGUCCAUUUUUGUAACCAUCCAUGUUGCAUUUCUGACUGAGUUUGCUUUACCUUCAUUAAUGUGUCAUUUGAUUCCUGUAGAGAUUUCCAGAAGAUAAAAUUAUGAGAUGCCCUGCAAAAGAGGCGAUUGAAGCUGUGUUCAUGUCAGCAGUGAAAGAGGUAGCUGUUAAGCACAAUAUUAAAAAAACUCAGAACUCAGUACAAGUUACUUUAAUUGAAUUUCCUCCACACACAAUGCAUAAUAAUGCUUCAGAAUUAAGCAGAACUGAUCAAAAGUGUCUUGCAGAAAAAUUGUGGGGCUUAAAAGAUUUUUUUGAAUAAAGUAAGAAAACACACCAACUUUUGUUGAAGCCUUUACAGAAUACAUGGCCACAAAGGUUGGUCUUGCAUCAAACACUAUCCUUUGUAAUGUCUUUUCUUUCGUUUGUUUUGUUGCUUCAGGCUGACAAUUUAAAACACAGAUCCCAGGUAAUAAAUUCCAUGCAAAAGAAAGACCACAAACAACUUUGGCUAGGAUUAAGUAAUGGUAAGUAUUUGGUUGGAUUCCUAUCAUCAGCCGCCUGAUGAUAAUUAUAAUUUGAUUGGAUUAAAUUAUAAUGUAUAAGAUGAAACCCCUGCUGAGCACUGCUAAUGAUGAUGAUGAUGAAAGAGCAGUGGCAAGUUUUAUUCAAUAACUAAGUUAGGAUUUGCAUAGUGGAUUAGUGUGUGGCCUUCUGUGCAAGAGUUCCCGAGUUUGAUGAUUCCCAGGUGUGACCUUAAAGCCUUGUUUCGGCUUUUUUUUCUUUCCGUGUAGCUUUGACUACAAUCAGCAACAAAAUGAGUUGAGACACUUUGCCGUAAACUGGGCUUUUUUACGUUUUACUGACUUCAAAAGGAGGAAAUAUUCCUGCCCUAUCCCCUCUAUGCAAUGUUGUGCCCAUAUUCGAGCUACCUACAGUAAACAACAAACACCCCAACUUUGAAUGGAGGGGGCAGGGGAUUGUUUUGUUGUCUGAAGUUACCCUAUUUGAAUGAGUACAAUGUCUCAACAAUUUUGUCGCCAGUUGUAGCUUUAAAUACCAGUAAAACCUGAUGGAGCACUGAUGGAGGUAAAAUGAGUGCACGGUCGACCUCAGGUUUGUUAGUCAGAUAAUGAUUUUUUAGAGCUCUUGAAGUAACAUAAGUACCCUUUACAUUCACCUUUAUCUAAAGACUGUAGUAGUAUUUGUGGUUGGUUGUUAUUUAGAUAAAAUUAGGAAAUUACAUAGCUCAACCUGAAUCUUUCUGUUACAUGAGUGAUUAAUUCUAGACUGUCACUGGCAUGUUUUUUGGUUCUUUUCUCAUCACUAGGCCUUUGAUCGUAAAUGCUGAUCAUUUCGUAUUUUACUUGUUGUGCAGAUAAGUUUGAACAGUUUUGGGCAGUGAACCGACGUCUUAUGGAGAGAACUGGAGAUGACCCUUACUUCAAGUUUAUUCCCUUUAGAAUAUUACAGGUACAUAGUUUUCGUUUCUCCCUUUUUUAGUUACAGUUUUAUUAUUAAAUUGUGUUUGUUUAAUAUUUUUUAAUAAUUUUCUUGUUGACCUUGCAGUCUGAUAGUCCCUUUAUCCAGCAGUUAUUUAGGCCCGUUACUGAGAGUGGUAAGUAAGCUUAAAUUUAUCGCCACUAUUCUCGUGAUUGCAAGAUGAAAAUAAAUAUGCUAACUGUGUAAAGCAUGUAGAAGCAAGUAUGUGUUUUAGUCAAGCUUGGAUUCUAAUGCUGCGAUUGCUAAAAAAGGUCGAGCGAUCUGAACAAUCUCGAUAAUCACAUUCGAGAUACUGAGAGACUGUACACAUCAAAACUGAUUUCUACAUGUGCCAGAGCGAUCGCAACAAUCACUUCUUAGAUCUUUGAUAUACAUUUUGUGUGAAGUUUUCACUGGGAAAAGUUGUUGAUCCACUUGUGCAGUAACUGUCUUUUCACGCUUAUAGUGGAACCUCUCGUUUGGGACACCUCUAUACAACGGACACCUCCAUUCAGGGGAGACAAAAUUUGGUCCCGGAAAAAUGUUCACAUAAUCUUUGUAUUUGUUACCUCUGUUGAAGGGACACCUCUAAUCAGGGGAAAGGGACACUUUCUUCUGGGUCCCGAAACCAGGUUUUAACCUCCAUUCAGGGGACGCCUUAGCACUCAAAAAGUGACUAACCACAACAAACGUUGGUAAGUUUAAGUCUUCACCAGUCACAAUAGCAACAGCUUUCAAAACAUGAACCAUCUCAAUUACAUUGAUGUACUGCACUUGUGGGAAUUCAACACACAACAUCGCAGAGAUAAGUUAAUCGUGAUUUUUAUACAUUAUCUAGCUACUUGAAAUAAUGACUGCAGUAGAUGCUGAGGCAGAAUAAAAACGUAAAUAUUUUAUUUGACAAACCCCGGCCAAACCUCCACUAAUUUUUGGGGACACUUGCCUUGGUCCCGAGGGUCUCCCCUGAAUAGAGGUUCCUCUUUAUUCCUUUAUAAACCUCGGGCGAAUCGACUUACCCUCGGCCGGGCGAAACGACCUGUUACCGUUCCAAGCCACGACUCGUUCUUGUUUCUGUCUUGCAGGCGAGCUUCGCACCCUUGGUGAUUUGUUAAACGAGUUUGUUCCUGAAGCAUUUACCAGCGGCAGUGGUGCGAUUGAUAAUGAAUGGCGCGUUGUUAUUCACGGCAUUGAACCCCCUCUUGAGACACCUGCUCAGUGGAUCAGUGAACAUUUUAGCCAUCCGGACAAUUUUCUGUACAUCGUACUUGUGAGGGUGGUGUAACUUCAUUGAUAGUUUUCGUUGGAUAUAAUUUUUGUAUGUAAAUACUAAGUCCUAGGACCAACUUUAUUUUUGAUUUCAAUUUUAUUGAAUUUUAGGUCAAAUCUCUUUAAGUUGGUGUUUUAAAGAAAAAGAGAUUGGCUACGGGUCGAUUUUUGGUACAUCUUUUGAAAUUCGCGUGGCGCUAGGUUUCUUCAAUUAUACAUAACCAAUCAAAAAAGAGAAAAGAAAACAAAAACAAAACAAACAACAAAAUAGGAAAUCACAUGUACACACAAUAACUGCCAACGACACUGCAGUUUUUUACAUUUGCUGUGACAAGGACCAGCGGUCGAGCUGUCAAGCUUUUAAAUCUCUACGGUGGCGAAUUCGCUUUCUCAAGUCAGGCAACGAUAAGAUGCAACGCAGCGAUUCAACGUUUCUUAGAAACUAUUAUAUUUUAUCUAGGUACCUAGCGGUGUAAAGGAAGUCCUCAUGGUACCCAGUUUACUUUAUCAAAUCCGUUUUGGCUGCAUUUCCAGUAAGCGCAAGACUCACAGAAAGUCUAAUGAGACCAGAGAUAACCUUUAAUGAAAUGAAGUUGGUAUUGUUUUGUUGUUUGCUUCUCUUUUGCUCCCAAACAGAAUCAAAGUGAUUUUUGAAACUGGAAUGGAGCGCUUUAAGUAACGAUAAGGUAUCAAGGAACCUUCGUGCGUAUAGGAGGUUAAAAACCCCAGGAUUUUUGCGAG